AUGCUCGACAUCAUCUGCACCCUGCCUCUCAAGUCUGACCUCUUUGCUCAGGCCGUACAUCCCUACGAACCUAUCUUCGCUGUGGGCCUGUCUUCCGGACAUGUGCAAGCGUACAAGCUACCUUCAGACUCCGAUGUCGUUGACGAUUCGUCUCAAGACAGUUCUACCUCCCUGCCCAAGACUACAAAUCUAGUUAACGAUACCGACUCUACUGCGGUCCAUCCCUCGUUACGCAGAUCCUCCACUGCAAGUGCGUCGGAAAGCGGACUGGGAUCUAUAGACACAAUCUGGGCUACGAGGAGACACAAGGGCUCCUGUCGAUGCCUUGGUUUUGGCCAUGACGGGCAAAUAUGUUAUUCGGCAGGAACCGACGGUUUGGUAAAGGCCUUCACCACCGAAACUGGCCAAGUUGUUGGCAAGAUUGUGAUUCCGCCCAGUAUAACGGGAGAAGCCAUCGAUGGGCCGACCGUACUGCAUGCCCUGUCUCCGCAGGCGCUCCUACUCGCCACCGAUUCCGGGAAGCUGUAUCUACAAGACCUGAGGCAAGGUGGCAAAGAGAUCGUGUCAAGAGCAAGUCAAACCUGGACACCACACGGCGCUGAACACAUCAAUGCGCUUGUGCCUUUGCCUGUCAGUGAAACAAGCACCAGCGGAAUCCCGAAACAGUGGGUUAGCGUGGGCGGCACCACGCUGGCAGUGACUGACCUGCGCAAGGGGACCAUUGCAACAAGUGAGGAUCAGGAAGUGGAGCUGACAAGUGUGGUCAUGGUUCAAGGCCUGAAAAAGGGUGGCACUAGUGUUGGCGAGAAGGUCCUGGUGGGCCAAAGCGACGGCGUGGUCAGCUUGUGGGAGAGAGGGGUAUGGGGUGACAUUGACGAACGUGUGGUACUUGAUCGAGGAGGCCUCAGCGUCGACAGUCUGGCAGAGGUGCCCUUUGGCUUUGGAGGAGGGAAGCUAAAGAUGAACGAGAAGCUGGUGGCCGCCGGUCUCGAAGAUGGCAGAGUGCGCUUCAUGAGAAUUGGUCGAAACGGAGUCAUGGCCGACAUGGACGCCAGACACGAUGAGAUCGAUGGAGUGGUAGCUUUAGGAUUCGAUGUCGAAGGACGCAUGAUCAGCGGCGGAGGUCAAACAAUCAAGGUGUGGACCGAAGCCAAAGGCCUUCCUGGCGGCGGACGCGGAGGGAUCACGAAACACGUCCUAUCUUCAGACGAUGACAGCGACGAUUCUGACGUGCAAGAUAGCAGUGACGAGGAGGACCAACCCAAAUCGAAACGGAAGAAGCGCAAGAGGAACAAGGGGAAGGAUAAGUCGGGGGGGAAAGCGUUGGACUUGGACUUUUCUCUUUGA